UCCCGGAAAUGGAAGAUUGUUUUGGAAUCAGCUGCUUUACACUUGUUCCCUGUCCUGAGGUGAUUUAAAGCCUUAAAGGAGCACUUAAAACUGCCGAAAUAUUGAUAAACUUCAGGGGUAGUGUCAGUAUGUUCCACUCGAGUUGACAAAACGAACUGUGCUGCUUGUGAAAGACGGACAUUUUUGAUAAAUUGGCGAAUCACAGUGGCUAGUCGUAACUAGCAUGCUAAGUAGCUAGGUAAUAAACUCGCAGCUUGUGUCAACAGCUUGAGUUCAGGAUGGACUACACUGCACUGGAGGUCGACGCCUUUAAAUUCGCCAAAACAGCCGUUACUUAUGACCAAAAGGGCAAAUACAACGAGGCUGUAUUUUACUACAAGGAGGCAGCACAGGCCCUGAUAUAUGCUGGCAUGGCAGGGUCCAAACUGGAGGGAAUCCAGGACAAAGUGAAUGAAUACACAGAUCGGGUCCAGGCUCUCCAUAAUGCCGUCCAGGCACAGACGAGCGACCCGCUGAAGUCCCGCCAGCAGGUGGACAUGGAGCGUGCCCACUUCCUGGUCACCCAGGCCUUUGAGGAAGAUGAGAAGGGAAAUGAAGACGAAGCCAUUGAACUGUACACUCAGGCUGUGGAGCUCUGCAUUAAGACGUCCAGUGAGACAUCUGACCAGGUGCUGCAGACCAAGUUGAAGCAGCUGGCUCGCCAAGCGUUAGACAGAGCGGAGGGUCUUAAAGAGUCCCAGUCCAGAUCAACUGCAGCUCAGGACAGGACAGGGAUCUCUGCGAACAGGAAUGUUGGUGGCAGCAGUUCUGGGGCACCAGUCCGCCAGUUUUUCCCCCUCGGCCCAGACUUCAGCCUCCAUGACCGACCUCAUCCCCAGCCGGUUCGGGCGGUCCAGUCCAGUGAUCCUCAGGGUCAGCGCUACACGUCUGAGGAGAUCGAGGUGCUCAGGAGCACAUCUACAGUCAAUGGGAUCGCCUAUGUUCCAUUUAUGAGUGUGGACCUGAAGGAACGCUUUGCCUUCCCUGUCCCUUUCUCGGACAAACUAGGGAAACUGGCGUUGUCACCCAAACAGAAAGCCAUCUUCUCCCGCUGGGUGCGUCCAGACGAGAUCUGCAAUAACCCGACCAUGAUCAUGUCUGUGUCCAGCUUCAGUAUCAAACAGACGGUGGUGUCUGACUGUUCUUUUGUGGCGUCCCUCGCCAUCAGCGCAGCCUAUGAGAGGCGCUACAACAAGAAACUUAUCACCAGCAUCAUCUACCCUCAGAACAGACGAGGGGAACCAGAGUACAACCCCUGUGGGAAGUACAUGGUCAAGCUUCACAUCAAUGGUGUUCCCAGGAAGGUGAUAAUAGACGACUACCUGCCGGUGGAUCGUAACGGAGAGAUGCUGUGCUCCUACUCCAGCAACAGGAACGAGCUGUGGGUGUCCCUGAUUGAGAAAGCCUACAUGAAGGUGAUGGGAGGCUACGACUUCCCUGGAUCCAACUCGAACAUCGACUUGCACGCGCUCACCGGCUGGAUCCCUGAACGCAUCGCUAUGCACUCUGACAAUCAGUCGUUCAGCAAAGACGACAGCUUCCGAAUGCUCUUCCAGAGGUUUCACAGAGGGGACGUUCUCGUCACCACGGCAACAGGGGUGAUGACAGAGGAGGAAGGGGAGAGAUGGGGUUUAGUGCCAACACACGCUUACGCUGUUCUUGACAUCAGGGAAUACAAGGGGAUGCGUUUCCUGCAGCUGAAGAAUCCCUGGAGUCACUUGCGGUGGAAGGGACGCUACAGUGAGCGAGACGAUAAGAACUGGACGCCCGAACUCCUCAAAUACCUCAACUUUGACCCCAAGACAGCCCAGAAGUUUGAUAAUGGUGUUUUCUGGAUUGCAUGGGAGGACCUCUGUCAAUAUUAUGAUGUCAUCUACCUGAGUUGGAACCCCGCCCUAUUCCAACAGUCCUCCUGUAUUCACAGCAGCUGGGAUGGGAAGCAGGGCCCAGUCAAAGAUGUCUACAGUCUGGCCAACAAUCCUCAGUUCAAGCUGGAGGUCCAGUGUCCAACAGGUGGCGCUGCUGUUUGGGUACUGCUCACCAGACACAUCACUGACAAGGAUGAUUUUGCACAGAACCGGGAGUUUAUCACGCUGGUCGUUUAUAAGACGGAUGGAAAGAAAGUUUACUACCCAGCCGACCCUCCUCCUUUCAUCGACGGCAUCCGCAUCAACAGCCCACACUACCUGACCAAGAUGAGGCUGACCAGUGCCGGGACACACACCUUCACACUGGUGGUAUCCCAAUACGAGAAGCAGAACACCAUAAACUACACACUACGGGUUUACUCUGGAUGCAAAUUUUCCUUCUCCAAAAUCCCGAAUCCCUUCACUCACACAAAAAGGUUCAACGGCCAGUGGAAGGGGAUCAGUGCUGGAGGUUGUGGGAACUAUAAGGAUUCAUACAAACACAAUCCAAUCUAUCAGAUUAACCUGGAGCGCCCGGGACCACUGCUCAUCGAGCUCCGAGGUUCCAGGCAGUACAGUGUUGGCUUUGAGAUGGUGACUGUGUCGAUGGUGGGAGAUCCAGGUCCAGCAGCUUUCCAGAAAAAGAGCAGUGGAGAUUACAGAUGUGGUUUCUGCUACAUGGAGGCAGACCAUGUCCCAGCGGGCAUCUACAACGUCAUACCCACCACUUUCCUCCCCAAACAGGAAGGACCUUUCUUCUUGGACUUUGCCAACACCUUGCCCCUCAAGGUCUCCCAGCUCCAAUGAAGACGGCGCUGGAGGAGUGGAUGACGCAGGGAUCAAGAGGACGGUACUUACCAGGGCUUCGAGGGAUAGUCCUGAUUUUUCAGUUUGAAUGUGAUAAAGUGAUCAAGACCUCCAUGAAGCCCAAAGAGAAUGUGACUAUUGACCUCAUCUCCCACAGCCUUUCCUUGUCUCCUAUUGCUGAUGUUAACAGACAUUUUGUGGACUUGGACCUUCUACACGGAUAAAUUACGUCAAGGAAUAACUCUCUUGCUAAAGAGACAUGAAGAGGAUCUUUUAAUAUGGAGUGGUAUGGUAACCAACCAAUUUUGACUUGAACUUAUAGCAUCCUCUGUGCUGUAGGUUCCUCUACCAUGUGGAUGAAACGGCAUCGACGUUGCUCUGAUAAAUCAACCAAAUCUGACAUGAUUUCAUGAGCCGGUGACAAGGUGUUGAGUUAUGCAUCAUGGCCGUUGAAAGCAACCAAGUCGUUUCAGGUUCUGUUUUGUCGAUGAAUGAGUGUCUCAGGUGAGGGAGUUGUUGUCAAGUGAAUUUAUGGUCUUCAUAGUUUGAGCCCCUGAAUUUCAUUGGUUAAAGAUUUGAACCUUCAGCAUUGAGAGGAUAUGUCAGACACGCAGUCAAGAUCAUGCUACUUGACUCUGUGUUUCCAUCCAUCUGUAUGUAGCAGGGGUGGGAAUCGCCAGAGACGCCACGAUAUGGUAUUAUCAUGAUAUUUAAAUCUCAAUACUGCAAAAUACUGGGUAUCUGUGAAGUCAUAUAUUGAGACAUACUCCCAUUUUAUUUAAAAAAAUUCUAUGCUAAAAAAAAAAAUGGAUACAUGAUAUCACCACAUAAGAUAUCGCGAUAUUUCCCCUAAUAUUUAUGUACAUUAUAAAUGUGCGUCCUAGAAAUCCUGAAUGGAAACACGCAUGGAAUCCCAAGUAUUUCACGGUCAGCAACCCGACAUAGCACCUGGUAGCCCUCCUAGGAAGUGAAAGCUGUUGUUGAUACAAUGGAAAAAGGGCAGCAUUUUGUGUUUUUAAUUUAAUGGAGUCAUCAGAAAUAGAAAGUAAAAAAGUUACUGUUGUGAUUUCAAAAAACAGUAAUAACUACAGUUGUCACUUACUGUUGUUCACUGUUUUUCAGUUGAAAAAUCCUACAUGUAAGUAGGAGAUUAUGAACACCGAGUAUCACUGAAAUAGGACAGCAAUGGUCAUCUUUGAGAUGCUCAUUACUGCAAAACUACCUGAAAACGACGCUGUUGCAGUGUGCGACAGCCACGACACAAAACAAAACAUCCAAGAGUUCGUCUCUGCCAAAAUUGUAAAAGCUCUUCAUUUAUAAAGUGAAACCAGGAUGAAGGGAAAGUUAGUUUCCUCAUGUGACCUUGGAGGUUGUUGUAUGUAUGUUGUUGUUGUUGUUGUUGUUGUUGUUUAACUUCUCAGGAGCAGUGCAGCAGAGCAGCACCACAGGGAAUCCAGUAUGGCAGCGGUUGAAUGAUGUCACUUCAUGUUGUCUGUGGAUGUGACGGCUGAGUGACGCAUGAUCUGCCUGGUUUCACGUCAGCACUGCUUGAAACAGGUAUCAUGUGAUGAACCUGUUUGUUUGUGUGUGUGUGUGUGUGUGUGUGUGAGAGAGAGUCGGAGAGAGCAUGUGUGUGUGUUUUUACAGGAAAAUUUAAAUGUAUUGCCAAGUACGCAUCAUCUAUUUACAUAUAAGUUACAGAAUUGCACUUUUUUUAAAAUCAUUUCUCAGUUUGAACAUUUACGGCAGAUCUACUCGUCUGAAUUCAUGUUGCCUCUUCAGUUUUGUGUUUAAAAAUGUAAUUUGUAAAGCACAUUAAAAACAACAGGAGUCAAGCCACAAUGCUUUGUAGUCUAGGAGAAGUGACAUUAUAGUUAUUGUGUUAAUUAAUAACACAAUAACAAUAACACAAGACAGAAACAGAGUAAAGUAAAGACGGCAGGACUAUAGCCUUCACAAUACUGUAACAAAAACCACCAGUAAUUUCAUUUGGACUGAAUGGAAUAAUUCACAGUCGUUAACCUGUCGCUAACUGACCCGGUUACCUGUGUGGUUUGUUUUCAUAAUGUAUCCUAAUAAGUUGUCCCACAAAUAUUAAUAUUUAUAAGUGUCUCUCGCACAGAGAAGACGAUAAAAACAAAUUUGUCACAGUCUUUCUAGACUAGAAAUUAAUAAUAUAUUCAUAAUAACAAUAAUAAUAAAAGUAAUUUAUAUAUACAGCACUUAGCAAAGUUAUAAGUGCUUAAUGGUUAAAGUCAGUGGAUAAAAAGUCAGAAACAAAAACCCAAUGGAAAUAAGAAUAAUGUAUGAAGAGAAUUUUACUAGUGUGGGAUGAACAAAGUCUAAUAUGAUCUAAAUAUGUACAACAACACAGUUUUAAGUGGUGAUUUAAAAGAAAGUAGGGAUGUGAUUUAAAAUAUAUCAGUGUUGAUGAACAAAUCUUGUCAGAAAAAACAAAUACAGAUAUUCAGUGUUUUGAAUAUGCCAAGCAUACGAAUAUACAACUUGAAACAAGAUAAAAUAACUCUCUCUCUCUCUAUAUAUAUAUAUAUACUUAUUUGCCACUUUAUUAGGUACACCUAGCUAAAUGUAACGCAGACCUGCAAGAAAGCCACCAUUUUUCAAAGCAAGAAGGUUCCUGGUUCAAAUCCCAGUUUCUGCACAGUUUUUGUUGUAUUCCAGGGUCAGUCCUUGAAAUCCUUGAAAGUUUGUGAAUUUGAAAAGACAAAUUCAAGGCCCUUGAAAAUUAUUUCUGCUAUUUGGGUAAACAGAAUAAUUUACCAGUGGUGUUGUGAUGUGAGAUUCUGUGUAACGUUAAGCAAGAGAGAGCAAAUGACGACAUGAUGUCUGUGAAAUGAAAA